UAUUUGUACAUAAAUUACAUAUUCUUCAAAGUAAUUUCGAAAACUUGAUGGAUCUUCUAAUAGUCUUUCUAGUUCUUAGUUUGUGCAUACCAUAUUGCCAGAUUGAUGCGAGAAACAAUAUUUUAUUAGAUGGGGAAAAUCAUUUUACUCAAUCUAAUAGCCUCAUGAAAACUCAACGUCAAAUGGAGGGUGAUUUUGACUGUGUUGAUAUCUACAAGCAACCAACUUUACAACAUCCUUUACUAAAAAAUCACAAAAUCCAGCUUUAUCCAACCUUUGCAAAUAACACCAUGCAAAGUAAACCAUUUUAUGGUAAAAUUGUGGAUGCAUGUUCACCGGGAAAAGUGCCUAUUUACAAUAGAAGAAAAAUAGAUCAAACUAUUACUAAUUCAUCUUCAAGAUUUCAAAUAGAUGAUUUUCGGCCGUAUUCUAAAAGCUCUCCUGGCUAUCAUACGGUUACUCUUGAUACAAUCCAAAACAUGAUAUUUCACGGAGCCUCCGCAGGCAUAGGUGCAUAUAAUCUAUCGCUUCAAGCAAACCAGUAUAGCAUAUCUUCAAUAUGGCUAGAAAGUGGACCCCCAAUGGAACUUAAUAGCAUAAAAGUCGGAGUCGGGGUUCAUCCUAGUUUAUAUGGAGAUAGCCAACUUCGACUAACUAGUCAUUGGACGGCUGAUAGUUACAAAAAAACUGGAUGUUACAAUACUGUUUGUCCGGGCUUUUUGCAAGUCAAUCCUGAUAAAGAUUACGCUCUUGGUUCUGUCUCGCAUCCUACUAGUUCGAUUGGAUCACUAGACAAAUUCAUUGGUCAUUUCAAAAUCAAACAGGAUCGAACUACAGGUCAUUGGUGGUUAAUUAUUCCAAAGGGAUCAGUUUAUAUUGGAUAUUGGCCAAAAGAAUUAUUCACUCACUUAAGAAAAGGAAGCUCUUUAAUAAGGUUUGGAGGCCAAACCUAUGCCCCACCUAAUAAGAAUAGUCCUCCUAUGGGUAGUGGAAGACUUCCGAAAGAAAGAUUCAGAAACUCGGGUUUCAUGGGAUUACUAAAGAUUAUUGAUUCAGAAUAUAAUGAAAAUGACAUAAAACCUAAAGAUAUGAAGCGGUAUACCGAUACCAAUUUAGAUUGUUAUGACUUGUGGUACCGUGGUUAUGAAGGAUCUCAGUAUAAACAAGCUUUUCUUUAUGGUGGUCCAGGAGGACAAAAUUGUGAUGUAUGAUUGUGUUGUCAACUUUAUAAAUAAAAUUGUUUCUUAAUAUGAGUAAAGAUCGCUUUUCUUUAUAACUAA